AACCAAUCAGGAGCGGAAGGAUCCGGACCCCUCUUUAAAAGUUCGGCCAAAGCAGAAGCUGUUUGUUAAGAGGAUGAGAGACAAACAGGCAGGAUUGUUUUCUAAAACCCUUUGGAAAUACUGGCACUCCUAUAGUGACUAUUUCUUUUCUUUGAUAGGUUUGAUAUAGCACCACCAUGGCCACUUCAGCCAGUUCCAAGCUGAGUAAAGCUGUGAAACAGCAGUACCUGGACCUCCCUCAGGGAGACGAGGUUCAAGCCAUGUACAUUUGGAUUGAUGGAACCGGAGAGGGUUUGAGAUGCAAGACCAGGACUCUAGAUUCAGAACCAAAGACCAUUGAAGAUCUUCCUGAAUGGAACUUUGAUGGCUCCAGCACCUAUCAGUCUGAGGGGUCCAACAGUGACAUGUACUUGAUCCCACAAGCCAUGUUCAGAGACCCCUUCAGGAAGGACCCCAACAAACUGGUUCUGUGUGAAGUCCUCAAAUACAACCGCAAACCUGCAGAAACCAACCUUCGUCAGAUGUGUAACAAGGUCAUGGAUAUGGUGCAGAACCAGUAUCCUUGGUUUGGAAUGGAACAAGAGUACACUCUUCUCGGAACAGAUGGUCAUCCGUUUGGUUGGCCCUCCAAUGGCUUCCCUGGACCUCAAGGUCCAUACUACUGUGGUGUGGGAGCUGAUAAGGCCUAUGGACGAGAUAUCGUAGAAGCCCAUUAUAGAGCCUGUCUGUAUGCUGGAGUAAAAAUCUGCGGCACCAAUGCUGAAGUCAUGCCUGCACAGUGGGAAUUCCAAGUUGGCCCUUGUGAGGGCAUCAAGAUGGGAGACCAUUUAUGGAUCGCCCGCUUCCUCCUGCAUAGGGUUUGUGAGGACUUUGGCAUUGUGGCCUCUUUCGACCCCAAGCCCAUUCCAGGGAACUGGAAUGGAGCUGGCUGCCACACCAACUUCAGCACGAAGGAGAUGCGUGAGGAAGGGGGUUUGAAAUACAUUGAGGAGUCGAUUGAGAGGCUGGCUAAGAGGCACCAGUACCAUAUUCGUGCCUAUGAUCCUAAAGGAGGGUUGGACAAUGCCAGACGACUGACUGGCCAUCACGAGACCUCCAACAUCAACGAGUUCUCUGCUGGAGUGGCUAACCGUGGUGCUAGCAUCCGAAUCCCACGAUCUGUGGGCCAGGAAAUGAAGGGCUACUUUGAAGACCGUCGUCCCUCAGCCAACUGCGAUCCGUACGCAGUCACUGAAGCUCUUGUACGCACAUGUCUGCUCAAUGAAGAGGGCGAAGAGCCAGUGAAUUACAAAUGAAAUAAUGGACUGAAAUGUCAUUUUUAGUAAUGAAAUAUCUUACUGAUGCCUUGUAUUUAGAGUUGAUUAGUCCGUCUGUAAUGUGGAUUGACACUAAAUGGAUCGCUUCCCUGUUUGUUGGUUGUAGAAAUGCACAUUGGGUCAGUUUUAUGCCACAGUUUUAGCUCUCUCUUUGCCAGUGUCUUUUUAUAUCAGGUUUGUGGAUGUAAUGAUACCAGAUUCUGGCAGAAAUCCUAGUUUUGAUUGAGACCGAACUUUGAACCUACUAUUACUUGGCCUUUAAAGCUGUUCUUGUGUCAAACUCUGAUUUAUCACAUUUAACAUGGUUUUUAUAAACUAACUGUAGAUAUUUUAAUUUUUUAGAAUUUUAUUCACCGGGUUAUAAAUUAUGGUACUGUUUCUCACAGGGACCAAAAUGCAUUGUUUAUACUGAUAUGGCUCUGACUGUUCACUGGCUUGUGCAUUUUAUAUUUGCUGUACCAUGGUUUAAAAAACAUCUCUUUACAUUAAAACAUCAAGAAUUUUACAAAAA